CAAACCGUACGAGACCGAACAAUAUCAAGAAGCAACGGUGGCAGAGGCGGUGGCGAUAGUGAUGGCCGUGGUUCAAUAAGGGCCGAGGGGGGAGGGGAAGCCACGCGUUCGAAGAAGACGUCGAGCACGCUGCUCUUCAGGAGCCCCCCGCCCAUACACCGGUACAGUCUAGGCGUUAACGCGUGCACCCGGACGUCGCAGCUUCGGCCCUUGCCCGCUGCAGCAAAAGAGAACGCAUGUCGACGGACUGGGAAGUUUUCCUUCGCGAAGAGAUCUCAUGCGAGACCGAUGUUGGCCUCGAAGCCAGCCUUUGAGAGCAAGCCGGCCGGGUACGAGAUAGACCUAGCGGACGGGAACGGCUACUGGGACCUUUUGGGUGGAAACCGCGGCCGCGGCCACGGCGGAGAUGAUGGCGUUCUAGCAGGGGAGUUGGCUGAGAGUGCGGUCGCCUCGGUCGUGCUGCUGAGGUGGGCCAUGGAGUGUGUUGUGGCGAACGACGGGGAGGGCGGUGCCGAGGACGGUGAUGGCGUCGUGCCAGUCACAACCGCUCCCCGAGAUGGGUUAACUGCGGACGACGGCGACCCGGCAAAGGCGCCGGUGGCAGAGGAUAGGACCCCCGGCAUGCAGGGCGAGGCGGUGAGUGCGACGGCCAAGGGCCAGGUCCGCCUAGCGAAGUCGACACGAAAGCCCAGGGACAGCGACCGGUUUUCGUUUUCGGGUUCGCUCGAAACAAAGUUGGCCAGUCACCAGGGCGAGGGCGACUGCCGUGGCCCGAGAAACGUCAUCGGCAACAAGUCGUUUGCUGCAACGUGUCCCUCACUAUCAGAGUCUUCAUGCAACCGGGAGAGGCUCAGAGACAAGAAGCCUCUUCCCCGUGGGCUGCCCUUGUCUGGAGGGGGAAGAGGAGGAGGUAGAGGAGGAGGGGGAGGUGGAGGAGGGGGGUGGAAGGGAGAAGAGCAGCAACCGCCAGAGGGCGACCGCGGUCGCCCGGCCGACGGGAUCGUCGCGACUUCGUCAUCUCCUGGAGAUGAGCCGAAGAAGGACGCAAGGCGCCGAGAGGGCUGGCGCGACGCAAGAGCCCCUCAGGUUGCCGGCAAAAGCACCGCAUCAGGAGAUGAACCGGUGGAGGACAUGAGAACGGUCCCGAAAAGGUGGCUAGCACCGGCGGCUCACGAGGUCGCCUUGCAUACCCUGGUGUGCUUGCUGAGGGCCGCGGAGGUCGACCUCUGUGGUCACAACGGCACGCACAGGCUUCAAACCGAGUUGGAUGUGGACACUGUGGGUGGCGGAAGGGCAGUAGUGAUGGAGGAAGGCGUGCUGCUGCUAAUUCUCAAGGCAUGCGCGAAGUUCCAAGAUCAUGGCGACGUGGUCAAGAUUUGCUGUAUGCUGAUGCGCGUCGGUGUGAUGUGCGCAUUGCAUGGCGAAGGAUUUGAGCGGCCGGUUGGCGGCCCCAUUGCGCCAGACAUGUCUCUCCUAAUCGACAAUGACGUGGAGGGAGUAGUGACGAGGGCAGCAAAGGCGCACGUCGACAACCUUUCCGUAGCCGCGGAAGCUUCGGCGCUGCUCCAUAGCCUCGGAAUGGACUCCAUCAGGAUCGAUGCGUCGGGGGCAACUUGCUCGGCGCUGCCGCCGGCGCCUCCUACUCCGCCGCCGGCGGGGAAGAGCGCCUUGGGGCCGGCGGCCGUGGUCGUGACCGUUGAUGCAGUGACAAAGACGACUGCGUUGGAUCUGGGUGUGGUACCCAACCCGACUGCAGGUCGAGCCUCAAGCAUCAUCGGACGUGCCGAAGGAUGA